UGACCAGGUGUGAUCCAGGUGACCAGCAAUGUAAUAUUCCUCACUUUUGCAACGAUGCCAGUGUUUCCAGUUUCUUAAACUGGGUUUCAAUAAACGCAGUUUGUGAAACGUACCCGUAUAAGCCUUUUUCUAUGAACGUACCGAAGCGCUGGUGAAAACUGGCCGCUUUUAAACGCGUUUAACUUCGGCAUUUAACAUAAACUUAGUUUUAUCAAACUGCGUUUUGCUGGUUUCUGAUAAAAUGUGCCUAAGAAUCUAGAGAACUAUGACAAAGCUAUAUUAAAGUGUUUUAAUUAAUAAUAAAAUAACCACGAUCCACACAACAAAACAACACCGGCUGUAGCACCUAACCGCAGCGUCCCGCUGAUAACCUCACUUUCAUUAGAAAGAUCAAAUAAACAUGAGCACUUUUCAAAAAGUAGCCGGUUUCUGCAGCAAUUGCGGCUCAAUAUUGCCCCCUUUGGGGGACACUGGAAACAUCACUUGUUACACAUGUUCCAGAGUGUUCGAGCCUGAAAUGCUUAUUGAUGAAAAAUCCACCGUUAGCUAUUCUGUCCACUUCAAUUCGCGUGCUGCCAAAGCGCACAGUCAUUCCGCGCAAGGGGAGAAAGAGGCUGAUGGGCCGACAGUGGAGCGAAGGUGCCCCAAAUGCGGCAACGACACCAUGUCUUACGCCACCUUACAGUUAAGAUCGGCCGACGAGGGUCAAACAGUGUUUUACACUUGCACUAAGUGCCAGUAUAAGGAAAGUGAAAACUCUUAGGACAGCAUUAAAUACUUGCUUUUUCUCUA